AUAAGACAAAUUCAUAUGAAUAUUUUUAAUUGAAUUUGCAUUUUAGGUGUUAAAAAAUUUGAGAUUUUUACCAUAAGAAAGGACAGAAUAAAAUUGAAAGAAGGAAAUAUUAUUUGAGGGGGGCAAGGCAAAUAGAAGAGAACAAAGAGGAUGAGAUUAACCUCCUCUAUUCUUAUUCUUAUCGUGCCUCCUUUCAGAUCUUAGUUUUUUUUUGCAAGUUUUGGCACUUGGGUUUGCUUUGAUCGGUGAAGCAUUGACUGUCGAAAGAUCUGUUUGCUUUUAGCUUUCAAUCGGAGAGAAAUUUUCAUUGUGUAUCGGAUUACACGUUUUGUUAGAUAAAAAGAGAAAUAUGUCUGAGAAUGGUAAGCUAUUUAUUGGUGGAAUAUCUUGGGACACCAAUGAAGAGCGCCUCAAGGAGUAUUUCAGAAGUUUUGGUGAAGUGGUAGAGGCAGUGAUCAUGAAGGAUCGGACCACAGGGCGUGCUCGAGGUUUUGGUUUCAUAGUUUUCUCUGACCCAACCGUUGCCGAGAAAGUCAUAAAGGAGAAACACAAUAUUGAUGGCAGGAUGGUUGAGGCAAAAAAGGCAGUUCCUAGGGAUGACCAGAACAUUACGAGUAGAAGCACUAAUAGCAUCCAGGGUUCACCUGGUCCAGGCCGCACAAGAAAGAUUUUUGUAGGAGGUUUAGCAUCUACAGUAACAGAGAGUGACUUUAAGAAGUAUUUUGAUCAGUUUGGGAAUAUCACAGAUGUUGUAGUGAUGUAUGAUCACAACACUCAAAGGCCUAGGGGUUUCGGAUUCAUCACUUAUGAUUCAGAAGAGGCAGUGGAUAAAGUGUUGCUAAAAAAUUUUCAUGAACUGAAUGGUAAAAUGGUCGAGGUUAAACGAGCAGUUCCCAAAGAGUUAUCGCCUGGCCCUGCUCGUAGCCCCUUUGGUGUAUAUAACUAUGGUUUGAAUAGGGCCAACAACUUUCUGAAUGGCUACACUCAGGGAUAUAAUCCUAAUAGCCUUGGAGCCUAUGGACUUAGGAUGGACAUUAGAUAUAGUCCAGCUGCUGGUGGUCAAAGCGGUUUUCCUCCUUUUGGUUCUGGUUUUGGAAUGGGCAUGAACUUUGAGCCAGGUUUGAACCCAAGUUUUGGAAACAGUGCAGAUUUUAAUAACUAUGGACGAGGAAUAAGCCCCUAUUAUAUUGGUAACCCGAAUAGGUUUGGUAGUCCUAUUGGGUAUAAUGGAAGUAAUGGAGGUGGAGGUAGUACUUCCUUUUUCAGUUCAGUGACCCGGAAUCUUUGGGGAAAUGGAGGGCUCAACUAUAAUGCAAAUGCUGCUAGUUCCAGUGCCUAUGCAGGAUCUGGAAGUGGGAGUAUAGGAGCAAGUGCCUUUGGGAAUAGUGGAAUUAAUUGGAGUUCUCCAAUUUCCAGUCAAGGUGGAAGGAAUAAUGUCUCUAACAAUAGUGUGAAUUUUGGUUAUAGAAGUGGUGAUAACAGCUUCGGGUUGGGGACUGCGGGGUUUGAGAGAAACAUUGGGACCAACGUGGUGCCAACAUCAUCAUAUGCAGCAUCAAAUGGUGGUUAUGAUGAUACCUUUGCAGAUGUUUAUGGUGGUGCUUCAUAUUAUGGGGAUACCAAUUGGCCAUCAUCAAUAUCCGAGCGAGAUGGUUCUGGUUCCUUUGGUUAUGGGCUUGGUAGUACCACUUCUGAUGUUCCUGGUAAAAGUUCUCCUGGUUAUGUUGGCGGUUAUAGUGUUAAUAAGGAACAAUCAAAUAGAGGAAUUGCUACCUAGAAGUUUAAUUUGAUUAUCAGUGUACUGUAGGUGGAGAUAACUUGUGACGCAAGUGAUCUGUGAGUUCUGCUCAAUUCCGUCGUUUUCAAUAUGUUUCACUUUUAAGAAAGUUGGUAAGCUAGAGCUAAAUGAAGUGCCUGUUUUUGGAGAAAUACAUUUUUUAGAGUUAGGGGUCACAAAGUAUUUUGUGUUGAGGCUUGAGUUUUGAGUUGCAUUUUAGGGUUCAUUUUUGGUAUUCGAGUGAGAUGUAAAAUCAGAUUCCGGGAUAUAGUCAGAAAAUGUAUCAUGCAUCUCAUGUAAGGCGGUGAUGCACAAGUCAUAACAAUAUAGAUUGUAGACUAUUUCUAUUUCCUCCUUAGAUAUUAUGUUCUGUAAUGGCUCUGACAAAGUUGUGGGUUCUUGUCAGGCAUGCUUAGCUUUGCUUCUUUGUUUCUUUUCCCUUUUCUUCCAUUAUUUUGGUUUGUCUUUCCGCCAUAAUGUUCCUCGGAAUAAGUUACAGACAUAUGAUCGUUCAUUCGUGGUUGAAACUUUUGUUCUAACAGGGUUGGAACUUUCUUUCUGAAAUACUGAAAUGAAUGGUUUCAAUUGAUUUUUCACACUAAA